UUUUCCUGGCCGCUGUCUUUUCUUCUGGAGGUCGUUCGAGUCACUUUAGAGCUCCGGACCGGCAGCACUAGCUCUUGAUACCUGCACUAUAAUCAUCAUGUUCUCCCGUUUAGCCAGACCCAGCGCCGGUGCUCUACUUCGCGGCCUCUCCACCAGCGCACAGAGCAAUGCCAGGGUAGCAGUGCUUGGAGCUUCUGGAGGAAUUGGCCAGCCUCUAUCGCUUUUACUAAAAAACAGUCCCUUGAUCAGUAAGCUGUGUCUGUAUGAUAUCGCUCACACACCAGGUGUUGCUGCAGACUUGAGCCAUAUUGAGACCCGAGCUGAGGUUACAGGUUAUCUUGGACCAGAGCAGCUGCCAGAGAGCCUUAAAGAUUGUGAAGUUGUUGUUAUCCCUGCUGGUGUCCCUCGAAAACCUGGUAUGACACGUGAUGAUCUGUUCAACACAAAUGCCAGUAUUGUAGCCAGUUUGACUGAAGCAUGUGCAAAAUAUUGCCCUGAAGCAAUGAUCUGUGUAAUUGCAAACCCGGUUAAUUCCACUAUCCCCAUUACCUCUGAAGUGUUUAAGAAGCAUGGUGUAUACAAUCCUAACCGAAUUUUUGGGGUGACCACUCUGGAUAUUGUUAGAGCAAAUACAUUUGUUGCUCAGUUGAAGGGUCUGGACCCUGCACGUGUUAAUGUUCCUGUGAUUGGUGGACAUGCUGGUAAAACAAUUAUCCCUUUGAUCUCUCAGAGCACACCAAAAGUAGAGUUCCCUCAAGAUCAGCUAGAAGCACUUGUUGGGAGAAUCCAGGAGGCUGGAACUGAGGUUGUGAAAGCCAAGGCAGGAUCAGGAUCUGCCACUCUGUCUAUGGCGUAUGCUGGUGCUCGCUUUGUCUUCUCUCUCCUGGAUGCCAUGAAUGGAAAGGAGGGUGUAAUUGAGUGCUCAUUUGUAAGAUCUGAAGAAACAGAGUGUCCGUACUUCUCAACUCCUCUUCUCCUUGGGAAAAAUGGCAUUGAGAAGAACCUCGGUCUAGGAAAGCUCUCAGCCUAUGAGGAGAAGUUGGUGGCUGACGCUAUGUCUGAGCUGAAAGGCUCCAUCAAGAAGGGGGAAGACUUUGUAAAGAGCCGCAAGUGACCCUUUCUCCCUUCAGAAUGAAAACUAGCUUCCUUAAUUUAUUGAAGCAUUGUGACACUUUAGGACAAGUCCCCUGCAUAAUAUGCUGUGAUGGAGGUCUGUCAAGUGGUGCUGAAAGGUGCAGCUUUGCUGUAUUGAAUGUGUUUUCUGUAUCUCAUGAGAGAUUUCCUCAUCGCACCUGUAAUAGGGACUUCAUUUGGCACUUAAGUUGUAUUUUACAUCAUGGCAAAGCAGAGACCUUUUGAGAAUUAAACAUCAUAUUUUCUUUGUAAAA